AUGAUGGGCAACGGCGGUCGUAGUGUCCGGGCUUUCAAGUCCAACGAAGGGCACUGGGUGGGCGAGGGCGAGCUGAGGCUUCCGGAAGUCGACCCGGAGCUGGCCUACGAGAUUCUCAGCAAACCGCGCAAUUCGGCGCUAAUGUUCCGCUCCGUCAUCGACAGCCGGGUCGACGAUGACGGAGAGGCGCGGGUCCGGGGCCCCGAGUGGAGCACCGUCAACCAGAAGUGGAAAAUCAACUUCCUGCCCUUCCUGGAGUCGUCCAGCAACGCAGUCUUUGCCUUCAGAGCCGACCCCGCUACCAAGUACAUCGAGUACGACAUCCUGCGCUCCAACAUCCUGAAGAAGCACGUCGACACCUGGAGCAUCUCCGCGGCCCCGGGCGGCGGCAGCAUCAUCAAGCGCCGCCUCGCGACGCAGUCCCACUUCCCGGCGCCACCCAUGAUGAACAUGCGCUCCAUCCUGGAGAGCAGCAUGAACGAGACGCUGGACGACUUCGCGGCGGAGGCGGCGAAGCGCGCCGCGCUCGCGGACCCCGACGGGACGAUCGGCGCGGCGGGCGCGGACGUGGCGCGCGCGGCGUCGUCGCGGGGCGGCGAGACGCAGGCGCUCGCGCGGACCCUGCGGGGGUACAUGGCGGUGGGGAGCGGACCGCGGGUGAUGCGGAGCCCGCUGUGCCGGCGGCGGCGGCCGCUGCGGCCGCAGCCCGGGGCAGUGCGCCGGCCGGUGGGGGGGGUGUUUUUGAGGGGCGGGUGGACGGGGAGCGACGCGGCGGACAGCGUGCGGACCUCCACGAGCGCGUGCUCGUGCGAGGCGUGCCAGGCGAGCCCGAGCGCCGUCGCCCCCGCGCGGCUCGCCGCGCGCGACGCGCAUAGCAUGCCGUGGCUGGUGACGAGGGGGGGGUAUUGGGACAGCGACGGAGAGACGCUGAGCGGGUACGGGAGCGCGCGCGGGAGCGACUGGGAGGCGGACCCGGGGUGCGACGGGCGCUGCGCGGUGACGGGGGGUCUCCCGCAAUUGGCCCCCUCCCUCGCGCUGCUGUCGGUCGACGGCGGCGAGGUGUGA